CAACAUGGCGGCCGCGUCUCUGCGCUGAAGUUUGUGUCCAUCGCUGGCUAAACAACAAAAGAAACCCCGCGAUGUAACGUCUCUUCGACGCGUGCAGUAUCUGGGAGUUUGAUUUGAACAGAGUACGAGUAAGACGUGAGGGAGGAAGCCAUGGUUAUUCAUGAUCGCGUUUUAUUUUGAAAGUUAAAACUUUUUUGUUGGUUGAAGCUAGCCUGUUAGCUGUAAAGGCAGGUUUUUUUUUUUUUUUUAGCGCGCCGCUCCAUACAGUUUCGCGGACGGAGCUGGAGUUUGAGUGAGGACGUGAACUCGAAAAGAGCGUGUCGUUUCGUUUCGUUGUGUUUUCUCGGACUGAGGGAAGAUGGCCCACUCACCGGUAGCUGUUCAAGUUCCCGGAAUGCAGAACCCUCGAGCAGAUCCUGAGGAGCUCUUCACUAAGCUGGAGCGCAUUGGGAAGGGGUCGUUCGGAGAAGUUUUCAAGGGCAUCGACCGCCGCACGCAGAAUGUGGUGGCUAUCAAAACCAUCGACUUGGAGGAGGCCGAGGACGAGAUCGAGGACAUCCAACAGGAGAUCACCGUACUGAGCCAGUGUGACAGUCCACACGUCACCAAGUACUACGGCUCAUACCUGAAGGGCAGUAAGCUUUGGAUCAUAAUGGAGUAUCUCGGUGGAGGAUCAGCGCUGGAUCUGUUGCGGGCCGGGCCUUUUGACGAGUACCAGAUAGCCACGAUGCUGAAGGAGAUUCUGAAAGGCCUGGACUACCUGCACUCUGAAAAAAAGAUCCACAGGGACAUCAAAGCCGCCAACGUGCUCUUGUCAGAGUCUGGCGAGGUGAAGCUGGCGGAUUUUGGCGUGGCAGGGCAGCUCACGGACACACAGAUCAAAAGGGAGACGUUUGUAGGGACGCCUUUCUGGAUGGCCCCCGAGGUCAUUCAACAAUCUGCUUACGAUUCCAAGGCUGAUAUCUGGUCACUGGGCAUCACCGCUAUCGAGCUAGCCAAGGGAGAGCCGCCCAACUCGGACAUGCAUCCCAUGCGAGUUCUCUUUCAUAUCCCGAAGAACACGCCCCCGACCCUCAACGGAGACUUCUCCAAGUCCUUCAAGGAGUUUGUGGACUCGUGUCUGAACAAAGACCCUACGUUUAGACCGACUGCAAAGGAGCUACUGAAGCACAAGUUCAUUGUAAAGAAUGCCAAGAAGAUGUCCUACCUCACUGAGCUGAUCGACAGGCUGAAGCGCUGGAAGGCUGAGGGUCACAGUGACGGAGAUUCUGACUCGGACUCUGACUCAGAGCCGAGCAGCAGAGACAGCGACUCAUCCCCCGAGUGGUCCUUCACCACCGUCCGCAAGAAGCCUGACAAACAGUCCAAUGGAAUGGUCCCUCUUGACCAAGCGGUACAGAAAAAGUCAGCCUGUCUGUCCACAGUUAUAAGUCCGGUGUUUACUGAGCUGAAGCUGCAGCACAGGGACGGGGACACGAGGAGGAGUGUGAUGGAAGAUCUGGAGAAGAGUCUGCAUGCUGCUGAGGACGUCUGCCCUGGAAUCACAGACAAGAUGAUCAGUCACAUCCUAGAAAGGGUUCAGAGGUUCUCUGCCAGUUAGUUCAGAGUGGAAAUCAAACGCACAUCUGAUUAAGAAGCUGGACGACCAAACAGCUACAGGGCUUCUACAAUCUCAGCUCUUCCUGUUCACUGAACAUUAACACACACACACACACACACACACACACACACACACACACACACGCACACACACACGCAUGCCCUCUCCACACACAGGGACAGGAGGGACUCAGGUUGCACACACUAUCAUAACCAAAAAAGGAAUUUCCCUUUUCACGAAAGACAAAUAUAUAUUUGUGUAAUUGUAUUUAUAUAAUAUUUUGCCAUGUGCUUUUAUUUUAGAUUUUAGCUUGUGCCCAGUGAUGUGUUACUGUUAUUUUAGAUUAUUUUACAAUGACAGAUUGAGGCACAAAUAUGCUUAUAGGUUUUCUGCUGAGCAUUAGACUUGUCAGACAUACAUACAUACAUUUUUUUAAUAUAUAUAUAAAAAAUGUAUGUAUGUAGGUAUGUUGACCCUUUGCAAUACUUUAUUUUAUGCUUCUAUCAGUAAUAUUUAUGUUUGGGAGGUUGAACUUUUUAUUCCUUUUUUUUUAAAUUAGAGUAGGAUUUCUGUUAUACACUCUACAUACUGUUACGUGUAGCAUUACAACUGCUGUAUGGGGAAAACCUUCAUAUCACGUUAAAGAAAACAUAGAAAUACCUCAGAUAAAGCAAUCCAUAGAAAGAAAGCAAAACAAAAAAAUACAACCUAGAUUUUAAUUUUUAUAUAUAUAUAUUGUGCUCUGUGCAAAUGACGUUAUGGGAGAGGAAUUUUGCUGUGCAAAAGAGGCUUCUGUUUCUGACACCUGAGAUCGGAGAUUAUAUUUCAUGAAAACAAAUUUAUUUCCUGAUCAUAAAUUGGCAGUUUUUUCUUUAUAUUUUCCUCCUCCACUUGCAAAUGUGGGCCUGUUGCUGACGUGACCGGUGUCGAUAAAUAUUUUGCCCCUUCAUUGUUUGUGAUGUCCACUUUUUGAAACAUCUUGCAGUUUGAGGGAUUUUGUUGUUUUUUUUGUAAUGAGAGCUAUAGGAGAUAAACUAUACUUCUGAAGGAAAUGCACUGCACACACUUUGUACUGGGUGGGGAAAUCUUACACACACACACACACACACACACACACACACACUCUUCUGGUCCUUUCAAUAGAUCUGGAGGAGAGGGUGAACUUUUCUAGCCAGCAGAAGAAAGAAGACCUCCACUACAGUUUCAGUGCUGGAGAGAAUCGAGCUCCAUGUAAACAGAAGCAUAGGAAAUUCACACUUCUGAAAAUGGGAGCUUUUUGGGGAUAGUCUUAAUACUAUAGGCAUAAUAAUAUAGAAAGUUUCUGCCAAGCUUUUUAAAAUAAAUUUAAGGGUGCCAUCACUGGUAUGGUGGUGAGGUGAUCAGCACUUCAGUUGGCUGGGAGAAGUUAAUGCCAAAAUUGUGCCUAAACUUUACUUCUUUAUGUAUAUGUAAUUAUUAUUCUCUCUUUAUAAAGCUUUAAAGGAUUUCACGUGUUGCCAGACUGAGGUUUAAUAGCAAUAAGGUGUUUGGUAGAUUUUUAUUUUAUUUUAUAUAUAUAUUUCUUUAUAGAUGGGUAUGUUGAGCCCACACUAGGUUUUGUAAAUGUUCUCUUUUUGUAAAUGGUUUUUGAAAUUGCUCCACAGGUAUCUGUCAAAGCUGUAUCAUAUAUAUGUGUAUAAAUAUAUCUAUAGGCCUUUUUUUUUUUUUUUUUGCUUUAACUGUUACAAACUGGUAUGGUUUGACAAAUAAAGAUGUAAAUUAUGACACUGCA